UUUCAUUCCAAAAUCGGGAGAAAAGGACGCCUUGGGCAUUUUUUUUGUCAUUGUUGCAUAGUGUAGCCGACAGUAAAUUUGUUUUUCGUCAGUAGUUUUUUAGCAUCGAAAGUAAUCCGCAUUUUGCAAGAGUAAAUGCAUCGUAGAAUACCGAACUUCUUUUCCCCUCCUCGAAGAUCCGAAUUUUUUAAAUGUGAUUGUCUUCACAAAUCAACAAUUUACACCUGCCAUUUUGCAGACCGUUCGCUGAUGUGCCUGGCCUCCCGCGUGAUGCAUCGUCGUGUAUGAGUGCGUCUUUAGAUCGGCUGCCGUCUAGUCUAUGGGAUAACCUCCUUACAUGCCUGUUGAGUGCGGUCUUGGUCGCGCUGCGCACAGUCGUACUUUGGGUCUUUGUGUUCGGAAAUAACGACGCCAGCGACAUGGGUUGCGCAUCGAGCAAGAGCUCGGGAGGCACGAAAGCCGGACGUGCUUAUGUGCAAAGUGGUGGAUUGCAAAGUCCCGUAGCAGGUGAGGAGGGACAACUCGACCGACGUUGUGUCGUAGUUGAGCCGCCACGUGCGGAAGACAUUUUGACGCAUGUGUCAUGUCUUCCUGGCGAUAGUCAAAGAUUCGUUUGCGCGGGGAUGAGCGGCAGCUGUUAUGUGUACGAUCUGGACGCGAUACGCCAGGAAAAAGCUGGCAAAGCAAAUACGGGUCCUCCGGCAGUACCGGCGCAGAGCUGGCGCGUGAGCAAUCGCGCGGUGAGUCGCGUCUCCCCAUUCGGCCUUUCACAUUCAAAAUAUGCGCGCGAUGGCGACCUUGCUUUUUUAACCUGCGCGGGCGACGGAGCCGUCGUUCUCUGGGACUCUAGCAAAAGUAGUGCGUCGCGGCGUUGUACAGUGGCGCAGCACAAACUCGCAGUCACUGCGGCAGCCUGGAGUGGGAGCCGCGUUCUCUCCGGAAGCCGGGAUUACACGCUCAAGCUGACAGACUUGGAACAACCAGGAGUGUCAUUGACAGAAAAAAAGAUUCCGCGCAACGUGGUGACGGGUAUUGUUCACGCGCCAGUGCAAGACGUUUUUGUGCAACUCUCAGAGGACCUUCAAAUCAGAAUUUGGGACAAGAAUUUGGAGCUGGUGCAAACAAUUGCCGGCGGCGACAAUCAGCUGAUAUCCGCAUGUCUAAACGGAGGAGGAACGGAAGUUCUGUGCGGAACAAAGGGUACGUACAGGACAUAUUUAUGCAAGCUGAAGGUUUUUAGAAAGGCUUGUGUGAUGCUGAUGCUGACCUGGAAACACGUUUCUUUUUGCUAUUGAUUUUUUGGUGUGCGUUGGGAGAAGGUGUAUUUCCAAAUUAAUGCGCUUAACAGGUUUCUCUGAGGAUACUGUCGAGCUUCUAGCCUUGGAUUUGAGGACAAUGACAAUACGCAAUCGCCGGAAAAGCAUAGCAACGCAGAACAUCGAAGCGCUGUCACCUUACGGCGAUGACCACACUCUGUUGGGAUCUAAAGAUGGUAUUAUACUUACAUUAUACCAAGAGGUACGUUUUUUGGAUGUCCUCACCUCCUUCGUUUCUCGUUUUUGCUUGGAGCAAAAAAGACUUCGUCUCCGUCUGGCACGCUACGGAUUUAGAUGCAAUUUAGACACUGUUGAUUUGGAUGCAAGCGAAACUUCUCAUAUCUACUGGGAUGAUGAAAAUCAUGCAAGGCAUUUCGGUGAACUCAAGUUCAAAUAUAGCCAAAUGCAAUCUGCCUCAGGUUCGCUGAAGCUGGUUGAUCACGACUUCUGUGUAGCGAAAGAAUUCACUUUAGAUCACGUCGCACCAGUAACGUCGUGUGCUGUGAUGGGAGACUUUCUUGUCGCGACAACUUUUGGGCCAAGAAUAACAGCCUUUAAUAUAGAAAGUGGAGAUGUAGUCGCUGUAUCCCCUCCAGAUGGGGGCGGGUAGCAGUUUGUUACAGAAUGGAAAUGUCGGGUAUUUGGAGCAGAGUCGUGAAUCGAAUCCAGUAGGAUCCCAAUGCAAAAU